AUGGCUGGACGGAAUGACCGUGCGAUAGCUGAUGCCCUUCAAGCCUUAGCUCAAGCUAUAGGGAAUCCAAAUAGAGGAGAAGUUGGUGGAGCUGUUGAGUACCAGGGGUUGGAUCACUUCCAACGAAACAACCCUCCUUCUUUUAAUGGAGGAUACAACCCUGAUGGUGCUCAGAACUGGAUAAGAGAAAUUGAGAAAAUUUUCCGAUUUAUGGCAUGUCCGAAGGGGCAAAAGGUUGCUUUUGGUGCAUAUACUCUAGUGGAAGAGGCCGAGUAUUGGUGGGAGAAUACUCACCAAUGCCUAGAUGCUGAAGGUCAAGAUGUGAUCUGGGAUGUCUUCAAGAGAGUGUUUUUGGAGAAAUACUUUCCCGAGGAUGUUAGGAGCAAGAAGGAGAUGGAGUUCUUGGAGCUUAAGCAAGGAAGUAUGACUGUGGCUGAAUAUGCAGUUUGA